AUGGCCGUUUACAUGCCCCUCGCCGUCUAUACCCAGGAAAGCCCCGAGACGCCCAGUCACUUUGCGGAUGCCAUCUGGCCCUUCAACCUGCGCGACGUCGUCGUCGGCGACGGCAACUCACUGACCCUCAACAUCGCCCCUCCUGCAGGUGGUAACGUCCACAUAACCAACAAUUUCCACAUUGCCUACCAAAGCACCAAUGUCGUGAACAUCAACGGCGCCUCCACCCAAUACUACUCCUCCUCCGCGCAAGCCCUGCAAGCCGCCGAAGCCGCCCACCGCCGCCGCAUCUACCACCAAGUGCGCACCCUCUCCCCCUUCCCCGGCCUCUUCGAGCACGGCCACGGCAUCCACGUCGGCCCCGACGGCUUCAUCCGCCCCGCGCAGGGCUCCAUCGCAGCCAUCCUCGAGUUCCCGUUCGCGAUCUUCGUGAGACCCGAUGGACACCCUUCUGGUCUGGCCGCGCGCAUGUUCUACCAGCUUCGUUUUGCCGAUCUUACCGAGCUCGAGCGUGCGGUUCCAACCGAGGAGACGCGUGCGAGUGUGCGGGUUGAUGGGCAUGGUCAUGGGCUUUGGCUUGCGCCAGAUGGGAGCCUGAAGUUUGGGUUUGGGAUUGUGACGCAGGUUUUUCGCGACGUGGUUUUGGCCCAGUUGAACACCAUGCUGGAGCCUGAUGCGUUGCCGUCCAGUGGGUUUGUUGGCGCGGAUCCGAAUCCGACUUUGAGGCCUGACUUGAGGUUUCGUUAG